GCAUUUGGUUUGUUUUGUUUUGAUUUGAUUCGAUUCAGCAAUUGAUGAUGGUAGAAAUCUAGCAAAAUUACAUUUUAUUUGAAUUAAAAUCAUAAGCUUGAACUAGAAAAAAUGCGCCGUCGCGCGGGUGUUGGUGCAAUACAGAAGCAGAAGCUCGAGGCGGAGAAGUACCGCGACAAGGGUUCCGAACUGCAAGACUCCCAGUUCGGGCAAAUGGUGAAACAGAUGGACGCCCUGAAGGAGAACCUGGAGGAGUUCGCCGCUAAGCAUAAGACGGAUAUCCGAAAGAAUGCUCAGUUUCGGCGGCAGUUUCAGGAAAUGUGUGCCGCCAUUGGAGUCGAUCCACUGGCCUCCGGGAAGGGUUUCUGGAGUGUACUCGGGAUGGGUGAUUUCUAUUAUGAGCUGGGAGUGCAAGUAGUGGAGGUUUGCUUGGCGUCCAAUUAUAGCACCGGCGGUUUAAUGGAACUGAACGAACUACGAAACCGGCUAGUGGCCGCAAGAGGUCGAAAACAAACUCACCAGGAAAUUACCAACGAAGAUAUUUUGAUGGCUGCUAAAAAGCUGCAAAUCUUUGGUAAUGGUUUCUCGGUGUAUCCUGUGGGGAAGGAUCGCUACAUGGUGCAGUCGAUUCCGGGAGAAUUGAGUUUACAGGAAACAUCGGUACUGAGUACAGCUGCAAACGAGGGACAAGGUUUUGUCACGAUAUCGCAGCUGGUUACUACUUUAGGAUGGACUGAGGUACGGGCGAGGCAAGCUAUCGAUAAGAUUCUAUCGGACGGACUGGCGUGGAUUGACAACCAAGGUGACGAAGAAUCCUACUGGUUUCCCAGUCUUUUUCCAGGCCGUCAAGGAAGCAAAUUUGCUGUGUGAUAUGUACCAUAAAUAUUUAGGUAAUAAAUAACUUUCGAUUUUUAACCUCUAAGCUACACAAGCUUGGAAUGUAAACAAAA